UCUCCCAGCUCCAAGCAGAAUCGAGUUCCUGUAAUAGGGAAGAAAUCAGCUGAUGAGAGCAUGAGUCCCUUCUUUCUGCUGUCUCUCCUCUUCAGCCUGGCUUUUGGUCGGACAGCAUCACUCUGUGCUCCUUCUGAGUACAUAAUCCACGUGGAGAAGAGGGAGUGCGCCUACUGCCUGGCCAUCAACACCACCAUCUGCGCCGGAUUCUGCAUGACACGGGACAGCAAUGGCAAGAAGCUGCUCCUCAAAAGUGCCUUGUCCCAGAAUGUGUGCACAUAUAAAGAGAUUUUGUAUCAAACAGCACUGAUUCCAGGUUGUCCUCUUCACACCAUCCCGUAUUAUUCCUACCCUGUGGCUGUGAGCUGCAAGUGUGGUAAAUGUAACACUGACUACAGUGACUGUGUGCAUGAGAAGGUUAGGACAAACUAUUGCACUAAACCGCAAAAGCUCUGCAACAUGUGAGUGUCCAACAGCGUGGUGGAAAUGUACGGCUGUCUACUCGCAACUGCACAGAAAUAAACGUAUUUCACAACAGGUUUGCAA